GCGUCAGCCAAGGUGAUGACGUGGAUUACCAUGGUGGGCCCAGCACGUUUUUGUCCUUCUAGUCAGGGACCUGCGAGACCUAAACCCCCAGCAAUGGAAACCCCAGAACGAAGUUCUUCCUCUUCUACUUCCACUUGCUACAGCUCCUCGCCACUGCCACCAUCAGUUACGCGACUAUGGAGACCGGCUGCGCAGCGAAACUUAAGAAACCAGUGGUCAAAGUUAGCUUCUUACAGGACCCAAUGGGUGGCUUCCUCUUCUUCUGGGAGAUCUCACGCUACUUCCCAUGUCAACGCUUAUCUCUCUCAAAAAUACAUGCCUUCAAUGGAGCUGGGGGUCCUAAAUGAUAUGCCAGAUAUUCGGAAGAAAGCUUGUUCUAAAUUGUUUAAACAACAGGAGCUUCAUAGGAGCAAACUUUUGUCAUCUUACAAGGAUAUGGUAACUGUUGUAACUCACAUGGUCAACACUAGUAGAUCCAUGAGAUGCUAUGUCAAAGGGACAAGCAGUAGUCCGAUUCUGCAAUUUUCUAGUACUUCUGAGGAUAAUAAUGACACUGGUGACGGUGCUGGAAUUCCAGUCUUUGCCUCUUGGCCAAUUUCUUCAUUUGAGCAAUUAGCAGAGGAGCUUGUUCACAUGUUUAUAUCUGAGCUCAGUUUGAAGAGACUACUCGUAGUGGAGUUGCAUACAGUUAGCUGUGAGGUUCCACAAGUCAAUGAGUCGUACUGGUCAAAUGAGGUGUAUCCAGGAGAGUUUGAUGAUCUGAGCAUUUGCAACUUGUAUUCGAAGGAAACCCGUAAACCAGUGCCCCCAAGAUUGGUGGAAGGGAAGUAUGAUUUGCCUAGCAUGCAAUUCAAGGGUCAACCAAACCAGGAUAUUUUGCAGGUUUAUCUAACGACAUGGCUGGCAGAGGUGAAUGUAGAUAUCCAUAGGGUGGAUGAAAUAUUUGCAAUUAUAGGAGAGGAAAUGCAUGUCAACUUAUCGUGAGCUGUUCUUCUAAUCAUGCACCAUACAAGAUGAGGCCAUUAAUGCUAAAAUCCUUCACUUCAUGAGCAAGCUUAACAGCUAAGGAGCCAGAUCCAAGCGCAGGAGGAAACCAUUUAACCAGGCAGGUACUGUCUUCCUUAUUUAAGCUUGCAUGUUGAUCACAAACAAGGCAUCAGAGCAUACCAUUGAGAUCUUGUAACAAUGGCGUGUUUGUUCAGGACUGUUCAAAUGAGAAGAUAUUGAUAUUGAAAGAGGACGAAUUUUAAUUCUGAGAGGCAAUCUAUUUGCGGGGAAUACAUGAAAUGUUAAUAAAAUUACAAGUUAGGAUAUUUUACUUGAUCAUUCGUUUCCUCCAUUUUCCAUUUGACCAAACAAGAACUGGAUAUCUUUCGGCGUGUCUUUAUUUGCUGUCAAGGUUCUCUCUUUAGCCCAUAUCAAUAACAAAGCUCAUAGCAAUGAUGUGGUUUCAUUAUUAUAUCAAUAGUAUGAAAUUAUUGAUUUUAUUUA